GAGGGUGUCAGGGAGGAGCACAAGGGGAUCCGUGGGUUCAGGAGUGUGGGAAUAGGAACGCAUACCUGGCUGUGGGCCUCAAUGAAGGCGAUGCACUGUUCCUGCAGUGGCCCCAGGCCAAAGGUGACAGCCACCUGGGAGAGGAAUGAGGGUCCCUGUAGCUCAGCCCUCCAACACUGGAGACCACCACUGCAAGUCCAUGGCUGGCAGGUGUCUGUCUCCUGGACACCAGGAAGAAGAGAAUGCCAAAGACCCGGUGCUAAAACUACCAUCAGUGCGGCCCAGAAGCCGCCUGCCCAGCAUUGAUGAGGCCCGACCCCCAGGUCUAGGCCCGGCCUCCCGCCGUGGGUCAGUGCUGGGUGUAACCAUGUCCCUCUCACACCGCAACUCGCUGGCUGGGUCAGGAGCUGGUCAUGGAGGUCGGCGGCAGUCCUUGGGCCCAGUGCCCCCUCUUGGCUGGCGGGUCAGUUUCUCAGGCCUGCCCCUCGGGCCUGUCCGUCGGGUGGCACCUUCAUACCGUAUGGAGCCUGCACCGGAGGAGCGCUGGGAGACUGCGCGUGCACAGCGUGUCCUGGAGGCAGCGUUGGAGGCCCGGCUGUGUAAUGCCAGCUACUCUGGCUUAGAGGCCGGGCAGUUGGCACGGGAGCUGUGUGAGCAGAUGCGCCUGCGCCUGCGUGAGCUCAGCCCGCCUCGCUACAAGCUGGUGUGCAGUGUGGUGCUGGGGCCACGUGCAGGCCAGGGCGUGCAAGUGGUCAGCCGGGCCCUGUGGGAUGCAGCACAUGAUGGGCUAGCUUCUGCCACCUUCACCAACGCCUCGCUUUUUGCUGUGGCCACGGUCCAUGGGCUAUACUGUGAGUAA